GCAAAGUCGACCGGCUCCAGUAUCCUUUACUUAGGACAACGGUCAGCGAACCCCGUCGCUAUAACAAUUGAUCAACUAACGACCAUCAAACACAACAGACAACCCAAGUUCGACUCUUACCGCAGUCAUCAAUCUCGGCUCGUCGAAACAUCAGAACUUGAAACAUGAAGCUCAUCCACAUCCUUGCACUAGCUCUAGUCCUCACCGGCAUCUCCAUCGCCGUGGACCCAGUCUUGUGUGAAGGCUGUGGGCAUCGGACUGGUCACCUGAUUGGAGAGGUUGAAGAAAAAUGCGGUCAGUACGAUAAGAAAGACCCCACUAGUGUAGCUUGUACAUACCUACGCCAGAAGAAGGUCCAGGAAUGCAGCAGGAAAGAAUGUGGGCAGGUCUUCCACAUGAACAUCCCAAUCAAGAAGAACGGCGGUACUCCUCUACUAUUCCGGCAGUGCAAACAUCAAUGGUCACAGCCUGCAAGCCGCCCAACAGCUACUACUCGAUCUACUCACAUGUAUAACUUCAUGCCUGGGGCUCCGAGGUCUGGAUGAUCAGUCAAUGUUUAAAGAAAGUCAACUGUGUAGUGACAAUUGUUGAGAUCUUUCAAUUGAGUGUAUAUAAAUAUAUAGUUUCAGACCCAGCUGUAUACCCACAUAAUAUAAGCUCAGAGCUUUUU